GUGUCGUCGUUGCUAUGGCAACACGGCCGUGGCCGACGUUGCGCCUACUCCUUGCCUCCGUCCUGGUGUCCUUGGGAACAACGCAGGACCAUGAGUGGCAUUUCGACACAGCUAGCUGUCGAUAUGCUCUGGGGAUGGAGGACGGGGCGAUUCCAGAUUCGGACAUCUCAGCCUCCAGCGCCUGGUCGGACUCCACCGAGGCAAAACACGGCAGGCUGAGUACAGGAGAGGGGGACGGUGCAUGGUGUCCUUUAGGUUCCGUGUAUCCCAGUGGAUCAGAGUAUCUCCAGGUGAACCUGCACACGCUUCACUUCCUGUCUCUGGUGGGCACGCAGGGCCGACAUGCGGACGGCCUCGGACGGGAGUUUGCACGCAGCUACCGGCUCCGUUACUCCAGAGACGGACGCAGCUGGAUAACCUGGAAGGACCGCUGGGGUCAGGAGGUGAUCUCUGGCAAUCAGAACACAUAUGAUGUGGUUCUGAAGGACCUGGGUCCCCCCAUCAUUGCACGCAUGGUCCGCUUCUACCCUCUGGCUGACCGUGUGAUGAGCGUGUGUCUAAGAGUGGAGCUCUACGGCUGUGUUUGGAGUGAUGGACUGAAGGCCUACACUGCACCCAUGGGUCAUGUGAUGCACCUCUCUGGCUCCCCUGUUAACCUCAAUGACUCUAUCUACGAUGGCAGCAUGGAAGCAGGGGUGUCGUUUGGAGGUCUGGGGCAGCUGUGUGACGGGGUGUUGGGUGGAGAUGAUUUUGUGGAGACUAAGGAGCUGAGGGUCUGGCCAGGCUACGACUACGUUGGCUGGAGUCGGGAAGCACUCGGCAAAGCCACCGUCGACAUCGAGUUCCACUUUGAGAGGCCACGCAUCUUCCACUCCAUGCAGGUUCACAGCAACAACAGGCACAUCCAGGGCGUGCGGGUGUUCUCCGAGGUGGUGUGCGAGUUCAAGCCGAGCUUGCUGAGCCCGUGGACCGAGCCGGCUCUGAGCUUGUCCGUACCCCUCAACGAUUUGCGCGACCCCUCCUCACGCUCGGUCACGCUGCCUCUGGGUGGCCGAAUCGCACACAUCCUGCGCUGCCACUUCACCUUCUCCGACCAAUGGCUGCUCAUCAGCGAGAUCAGCUUUUACUCCGAACCGUUUAACAGUGGUUCACCAUUUCCAACUGCAGCUAUUCCUCCUACCACCUUUACUCCUCGCCCUCGUCUCCUUACCACCCCUGCCUUAUCUCUCUCUCCCGUAACCUCAAAUUCUAGCCGGCGUCAUGUUGGCGAGGAAUUUCCUGCAGGCACACCUAGAGCGGGACUUCCUGUCGCAAAGGAUGACAGUAGCAACACCGCUAUCCUGAUUGGCUGUCUGGUGGGAAUAAUCUUGCUAUUAUUGGCGGUAAUAGUUGGCAUUCUGUGGAGGCAGUACUGGAAGAAGCUACUGGGCAAGGCCCAGAACAGUCUCUCCAGUGAUGAGCUGCGGGUUCACCUCUCGGUUCCCUCAGAUAACGUAGUAAUCAACAACACGAACACACACACCUACUCCAGCCGUUACCAGCGCAUACACACUUUCCCUGACGACAGGGACAGAGAGGGAGAGUACCAGGAACCCAGCACUGUAGUCCGCCCCCGAGAUCAACGUGACAGCACAGCCUUGCUGUUGAACAACCCAGCUUAUCAUCUCCUACUUUCUGACCUGAGACAUGGCUCAAACAGUCUGACAAACUCCUCCAGAGGGCCAGAAAAACCCCAAAACCUGCCCCAGGCAUGCGGCAUAGAUGUAGAGGAUAAAGCCCUGCCAGUUCAGGAAGGACCGCCUCCGUAUCCCGGAGCUCCGCCCCCCAUGCUACCCGGAGCUCAUUACGCCGAAGCCUCGGGACCCAGCGUGCCUCAUUAUGCCGAGGCGGACAUAAUCAGCCUGCAGGGCGUAAGUGGGAACAACACAUACGCCGUUCCUGCCCUGUCGGCCACGCCCACCGAGUCCCUGCACCUUCCUGAACUACCACGGGAGCAGCUGGUCUUUAAAGAGAAACUCGGCGAGGGCCAGUUCGGAGAGGUUCACUUGUGUGAGAUUGAAAACCCUCAAGACCUCCCAAACCUGGAGUUCCCCUUCAACGUGAGGAAAGGACGCCCUCUGUUGGUUGCUGUCAAAAUCCUGCGCCCUGAUGCUUCAAAAAACGCCAGGAAUGACUUCCUAAAGGAGGUAAAGAUCUUGUCCCGUCUGAAAGAUCCGAAUAUUAUCCAGCUGCUGGGGGUGUGUGUAAGCAGCGACCCACUGUGUAUGGUUACUGAAUACAUGGAGAGUGGAGACCUCAACCAGUACCUCUCCCAGCGAGUACUCCUGGAUAAGACCGGCCCAUCGCACAACUCGCCAACCAUCAGCUACCCAGCUCUGAUCUCCAUGGCGAGUCAGAUUGCAUCUGGAAUGAAGUUUCUGGCGUCUCUGAACUUCGUGCACCGAGACUUGGCUACGCGUAACUGUCUGGUGGGAGGAGAGAGAGGGGAGGGAGACGACAGAACAGGAGAGAGACACAUCAAGAUCGCCGACUUUGGCAUGAGCCGAAACCUGUACGCUGGAGAUUAUUACAGGAUCCAGGGGAGAGCAGUGCUGCCCAUUCGCUGGAUGGCCUGGGAGUGUAUCCUCAUGGGCAAGUUCACUACAGCCAGUGAUGUGUGGGCGUUCGGGGUGACCCUGUGGGAGAUGCUUAGUGUAUGUCAGGAGCAGCCUUAUGGUCACAUGACUGACGAACAGGUCAUCGACAAUGCAGGGGAGUUCUUCAGAGAUCAUGGAAGACAGGUCUAUCUGUCUCGGCCGGCAGUGUGCCCACAGGGUCUGUACGAGCUGAUGCUGAGCUGCUGGAACAGAGACUGUAAACUCCGGCCCUCAUUCACACACAUCCACUCCUUCCUCACCGAGGACGCCAUGAACAUGGUGUAGAGCUGAAUCAGCGAGACGAUCCCUACCCUUCCAUCUUUCUUGCUUUACAGAAGAGAGGUGUUUGUGUAGAACACACGAGCUGGUGGAGGUGUAGCUGAAAUGGAAGU